AAAUUCGGCGGUCUUCCUUUCAUCCAUUGCUGAAAAGGCCACGGACCUUCGUCAUCCUCCAGUACAAAAUUCCCAAUGCUCCAUUUUCGCACACCCAUUUGAAUAUGUGGGCCUAACGAGUGAAUCGACGAACAGCCGAGGUUUUUCCACUAUGUUCGAUCUUGGUUUUUUCUUCUUCAUCUUCCUUUCUUUUUUUCUUUACGGAAGCUGCACUGCGAAUCUUGUUUUCACCUGUUGGUUUUUGAAGGAGUUACGGAUAAAAUCCAAUGGCGCCUCCAAAAAAUCUCAAAAGCUUGAAGAAAAGGCCUCUUCGUUCAAAUGACCCAUCGGCUGAGGAAAAUUAUAGGAGCUCGCAAACAAGCAAGAAACGAACGAAGAAGUUGUCUGAUAAGUUAGGACCUCAAUGGAGCAAGGAAGAAAUAGAGAGUUUUUAUGAAGCUUAUAGAAAAUACGGUCAAGACUGGAAGAAGGUGGCUUCUUCUAUGCAUCAAAGGUCAACUGAAAUGGUAGAGACUCUUUACAAUAUGAACAAGGCAUAUCUAUCCUUACCAGAGGGAACUGCUUCUGUUGUUGGUCUUAUAGCGCUGAUGACAGAUUACUAUAAUGUUAUGGGAGGUAAUGAUAGUGAACGUGAGAAUUAUGAUGCUUCAGGUUUUCAAGAACUUCCGAAGACUAAUCAAGUACAAGUUCAAUUGAGUAUCUCAAAUGAAGGCCAUUUUUCUACUCGUUCUGUUGCAGCAAGUGGUGGAUGCUUGUCUUCGCUUAGGAGUUUAUAUGGUAACCGACUUCGUGUUGUGGGGAAGAGGACACCACGUGUUCCGAUUUCAUAUUUAGAGGAAAGAGAUAAAGGGGAAAAUCAUGCUUCUGGAAAUAAAUGUUCACAGAAGUCAGAAUUUGAUGUUAUAAGUGAUGAAGUUGCUCAUGGUGCUGCAUCAGCUUUAGCUGAAGCCUCACAAAGGAUAGACUCUUCUGCAACAUUUAUUCCUUCCAAAAUAAAAGAGAACAUGAAAUUCUCGUAUGAGGUCAGUGGAGGGCAUAAAGGAAGACCAAAUGAAACAUAUGACUAUGAUCUCAGUUCCCCAGUAGCUACAGAAUGUGUAGGGACAGAGAAAACUCACCACAAGAUGAAGAAACGGUACAGAAAGGAGAAAGUUCUAGACAAUCAAAACAGCCUCAGUGUUCUAGAGGGAAAGGUUGAUUCCAAAAGUUCAAAUGCAGUAUGUGUGCUAUCAUCUUCUCUAGUUCAAAGAAAGAAAAGAAGGAAGCUACCACAUGGAGACGAGAACACUACUUUAGAUGCUUUGCAGAUUUUAGCAGAUGUAUCUUCCAUGAUUCCAUUUACUACUAUGAAAUCAGAACCAUCUGUCCAAAUUGUGGAGGAAACUGAAUCUUUCAAUUUGGAAGACAAAUCAUAUAUUCCUGAAGAUACAUUAUCAGACCGAAGUGAUAAAGGAAAGCAAGUCAUGGUUAAUGCAAUGCCCAAUAUUGAGGAUAGAGUUCGUGGGAAAUUAAAACCUGGAAAUGGAUUGUCAAUCGAUGUUGCUUCUAAAAGGAAAAAACGGCUUGAACAUCUUGGCACUAUGAGGAAGGGAAAGCGCAAUUUUGUGAUACCUGAUACAAAAGUUCCUGUGGAUGUUCAUUUACGUGAAGAUUUGACAACAAUCACAUUGGGACGUAUCAAACCAUUGAAAAAUGAAAAUCAAGCCACUUUACCCAUUAAGCUUGGGCGUCGAAGUAGAUGUAAGAUGGAGCUUUGGAAAUUAUUGACCCGUCAAAAGACAAAGUUCUGUGAUGACAAAUUGGGAAAAGAGCUCAUGAAGUAUUCCUCCUCUGUGCAGGCCAAAGCUUUCUUCCUCAAGGAUAAACUUUCUAAUUGCAUGUCAUCCACAAUGGUGCGUAGAUGGUGCAUCUUUGAAUGGUUUUAUAGUGCAAUUGAUUAUCCUUGGUUUGCAAGAAGUGAAUUUGUCGAGUACUUGCAUCAUGUUGGCCUGGGAAGCAUCACAAAGCUAACUCGUGUUGAAUGGGGUAUCAUAAGAAGUUCCCUUGGUAGACCUCGACGGUUUUCUGAUAAUUUUCUUCAUGAAGAAAGAAUGAAACUCCAACGUUAUCGGGAAUCUGUAAGACAAUAUUAUGGCAAACUUCGUGCUGGCAUUUGUAAAGGGCUUCCUACAGAUUUAGCAAGACCUUUAUCUGUUGGGCAGCGUAUAAUAGCUUUGCAUCCAUAUCCAUACAGACUAGAAGUUCACAAUGGAAGUGUGUUAAGGCUUCAACAUGACAACUACAGGAUUCAAUUUGACAAUCAGGAGAUCGGAGUCAAACCAGUGAUGGAUUUUGAAUGCAUGCCUUUCAAUCCAAUGGAUAACUUUCCAGAAACUUUUAGACGUCAGAUCUGUUCCAUCAACAGAGCACCUCUUGAAUACAAAGAGCUACAACGAAAUAACCAUCCAAAUGUAAGUAGAGAAUUGGAGAAAAGAUCCAGCCCACUCACCACUGAUACAUCGGUUCCUUCCACCACGUUUAACCUGAAGCAGCAUAAUACUUUCUCCGGGAACUCAUUGGCUCCGGCCAAUGCCAGAGCACUUGGUAGCAUCCCUUGUUCUUUAAAUGUUUCUCAAGGAUCAGGACGUGGAGCAGUUGAUAUUGUCCAAGGUUCAAGGGAAAAGGCACAAAUGAUGGUAAAUGUUGCUAUUGAGGUUUUGUUGAGCAAGAACGAUGGUGAUGAUCCCCUUACAAUUAUUUAUGGCGCGUUGCAUUCUUCUGAUAAUCAGAAUUCGUCAUUUAAGGUUCAAAAACCUUCAAGCAUGUCGCAAAAUAUGAAAGAUUGCCUGGGAGCCCACGUUAAGGAGUUGUUCCCGUCAAAACACCUUUCCACAGCUGAUCUAUCUAGUUUGAGAUCAAGACAUUUCAAUAGAGAUUAUAGAGGAAUUCCUUCAAAUCUAAUCACUUCGUGUGUUGCUACUUUGCUCAUGAUACAGGCGUGUAUCGAGCGUCCAUAUCCCGCAAGUGAUGUGUCUCAGAUUCUAGGUUUAGCAGUUAAAAGUUUACAUCCAAGAUGUUCUCAAAACCUUCAUUUUUAUAAAGAGAUUGAAACUUGCGUGAGAAGAAUCCAAACUCAGUUGUUAUCCAUUGUUCCAACUUGAAUUCAAUCUGAUCCUCACUGUUUCAUAUGUAUAGUUUGUAAUCUUGUCCUGAGUAACCACUAUUUUGAUUUUUUUUUUUUAAUAUUCAGAUUUAUGUUACAUUUUUACUUUCUAA